AAUCUGCCUCAUCAAAGAAUAUAAGCCAGAAGGCAUCCAAAAAAAAACCAACGAUUUGGCGGAAACCUGCAACUUCAGUGCCGUUUACUCACCCAGAAUUAUUAGCAUCUUUGAAAGGACACUCAGGAUCUCUCACAAGUGGUGGCUUCUCUUCAAAUGGCAAGCAUUUUAUUUCAGCAGCUGAUGUUGGAAGUGGCGGACGCUUUGAUCCUGGUGGAAGAUUUGGGAAGGUGAACUGUAAUUUCAUUCUGGAGCACACCAUGGACUUGUGCAUGUCUGAAGUUGGCAGUAGUAACAGCAGCAGCAGCAGCAGCAGCAGCAGCAACAGCAGCUUGGAGGAGGUUGACACUUCAUCUGUUAGCAGCAGCAGUCACAUUGCCACCAGUAACGCCCCUUCGGACACAGAAGACUGUUUGAUGGCAUCCCAUAAUUUCAAAAUGUCUCGGAGACAACGUAAGAAUAAGAACAAGAAAUGUAAAGGUCAAGGAAUUGUGUCUUGCAGUCAAGGUGGGGCAUCAAAGGUUGGUAGCCAAAGUACCCAAGUGCUCUUCGACACACUUGACAUGACAGAGGACCAGCUCUAUGAGUUCUUACUUCCACUCUGUUGUGGGAUGGAGGACAGAGUGCUUAAUGGCUACCCUUAUGUUACCAAUCAUGGUGUAUUUGUAUUCAAAGCAAUUGGAUAUACUACAUUAGCUGGAGUAUUAAGCGGGGGUUGUGAACUUGUGAGUGCUGAAAUGAAUAAGAUGCAAGAGGCAGAUAUUCACAAAAUUGUUGAUGUUGGCAUUGCUGAUUAUUCUGAACCAGAAUCUCUUGAUGAGAGUAACAGUGACAGCUACCAUGAUGACUGCCAGGAAACUUCCUCAGGUAUUAGUACAGAUAGCAAAGAUAGUGGUGAUUAUGAGACUCUAUAUACUAAUAGUGACAUGGAUGUGAAUUUCUGCACGAACUUUGAUACUAAUUUUACAUGUGAAAGGGAAAGCUUUGGAAAUUUUAAACUUAUUGAAAAAUGUAAGAGAUGUAAGCAAACCUUUGAUGUAAUGGAUAAUGGAAGUAGAGCAUGUCAGUAUCACCCCAAGAAAGUGACAAUAAGGAAAGAUGGCCAGCUACAUUAUUUGUGCUGUAACAAGAUGAAAGGAGUACAAGGAUGUACCAGAGUUCCCAUGCAUGUGUAUCAUAAUUUAAAGUUAGGUGUAAAUGGUCCUUUGGAUGGGUUUAUUCCUACAAGAGGAGGAGGAGGAAAAAAAGUACUGGGUUUAGAUUGCGAGAUGGUCUUCACCACAGAGGGAUUUGAAUUGGCAAGAGUUACCUUGGCAAGUAUUACUGGAAAUGUAUUACUAGAUCUCUAUGUAAAGCCCAUGGGGCAGGUGUUUGAUUACAAUACACAAUUCUCUGGCAUUACUGCCAGACACAUGAAUCAAGCUCUGUUGUUUACAGAAGCUCGUGAAAAGAUAUUGAAUCUGGUGUCAGGUUCAACCAUCCUUAUUGGUCACAGUCUUGAAGGUGACCUAGCAGCUCUCCGUAUGGUUCACCGCAAUGUUAUAGACACUGCCUUAUUCUUCAAGGCUCCACAAAAUUCUCAGUCAGUAGGGCCAGUUGUAAAUAAGCAGUCAUUGAAGUCAUUGGUGAAGAGAUAUCUUGGGCGAGAUAUUCAAAAAAAUGGAUGUAGGGGGCAUGACAGUCUGGAGGAUGUUACUGCUGUUUUGGAUUUAGUUCUUAAUUAUUUACUAGAUUCUCUCAAAAUUUCUAAAGUGGCACCAUUACCAGUUGCACUUCAAAAUGUGAUGUGAUUCCACUUUAAUCAUUUUUAAAUAGUAGUUAAUGGUUAUGCUCUGGGAAUCAUUAAAUGAUCAUAUCACAUACUGUGCCUUAUGUACUUGAGGUUGCCUCUCAAGUUUGCUUAACACAUGUUAAAAUGCUCGUCUGUUUUCUUUGCUCAAAGCUAUUUCCUUUUAUAAUAAAUUAUGAGUGCAAAACAGUUAGAAAUGCUUGUUUAGUUUAUGUAGAUAUUACCAGGUGAAGUGCUUGUAUGCUGGUGUAAUUGAGUUUUUUUUAUUUUAUUAGCAUGAGGUAGAAUGCAAAAUGAAUGAAUGAUCAAGUUGUGUAUAUAUAAUUUUUAACAUUUUUAAGUUGGCUAGGAACUUGCAUGGCAGCUUACUUUUGUGUAAGGUUUUGUUGUGGUUGUGAUUCAUCUAGAUAGGUAGUAUUGUAGUUAAUAUUUUACAAUGUAUAGUUUACUACAUUUCAUAAAAGCUAAUUGAGAUUCCUUAUGCAGAGAAAAUGUCUUUGAUAGUGACAGCCUGUGUGUGUGUGUGUGUGUGUGUGUGUGUGUGUGUGUUGCACUUAGUAAUAGCUGUGAUAAUUUUCA